UGGUAUCACAUCUAUCCUAAAAUUAAUGGAAAAAAAUGGCGUCCAUAGUUAGUUCUGAUGUUGAUAUUCAUCCGGAGUUACAGGAGGUGGAGAUCGAUAGUUUACCAGUUGAAGUUCCAAUGAAUUCAUCAUUUGAUAAUAUAUCAUCCAGUAUUAUAUCAUUUAAAAGUCUUUCUGAUGUUAAUGAAGAAAUUAUGCUACAACCUCGUGAAGAAAUAGUGGGCGAUAUUUCAGAAAGUUUAGCAUAUGAAAAUGUGACUAUGUCUCUUACUAAUAUUCCUAAUCAUGAGCACUUUAAUCUAUUAUAUAAUAAAAGACCAAGAAAAUUUAAAAAAUUGGACAAAAUAAAAAAUGAGUUUAAUAUACUUGAUGAUAUUAAUGAAUUAGGCGUUAAUUUUCAACACAAAUCUCCUAAAAAAUGGGAACAACGACAAGUUCAAAUUAAAACUCUUGAUGGUGAAUUUACUGUAUCAAUGUGGUCAAAUGGAUUAGAUGAGAAAAAAUUAGAUGAAAAUGACAUAGACACAGAGUUUGCUGAGUAUAUGUCUGGAAAAAAAAUAUCAGGGUUGGAUUUAAGUGAUCCUAAACAGCUAGCAGAAUUUGCUAAAGGUAAAUCCAGAAAAUUAUCUAUAGAUGAUAUUCCCAAGACAAUAGCAUGCCCACAUAAAGGUUGCAAUAAAAUGUUUAAGGACAAUUCUUCUAUGCGUAAACAUUUACACACACAUGGUCCAAGAGUUCAUGUCUGUGCUGAGUGUGGGAAAGCUUUUGUUGAAAGUUCCAAAUUAAAAAGACAUCAAUUAGUUCACACUGGAGAAAAACCAUUUCAAUGCACCUUUGAAGGCUGCGGCAAAAGGUUCUCUUUAGACUUCAAUCUUCGUACCCAUGUUCGUAUACACACUGGUGAUCGUCCUUACGUAUGCCCAUUCGAUGAAUGCGAUAAAAAAUUUGCUCAAUCCACCAACCUUAAAUCACACAUACUCACACACGCCAAAGCAAGAAAUGUUUUACUACAUUGUUAACUACACCCACAUACUAUAUUGUAUAUAUUACCCUUUAAGGUUCUGGUUUGAAUAAUUUUAAAUCUGCUAGGUGUGAGAUUUUAAAAUAUUGUACUUCAAUAUCAGAAUUUUUGAAACCUAAAACCAACAUGUGAUUCUUUCAAAAAAUAUAUUCAUUAAGAAUUACUCUGUAAAGCUGAAUUUAAUAUGCAUUGCAUAAUUUUAAUUUAUUAGUUUAGAAUAUCUAAAUUGAUGUUCAUUUUAUACUAUUGUAUAAUAAUAAUUUCGUUACAUGAAUUUUGGCAUUUAUGUACUUCAUUAAUUAGAUUACUUUGUAUAUUUCUUUUAAAUUAUCAUUAAAUCAAGUAUAUAUGUUGUUAAUUUAUUUAUGACUUGGUUUAAACACAAUGGAGCCUAAUGUGAAUGCAUGUUUUUAUUACUCUGAUUAUAAUUUCUAAAUCAAAAUAAAUUUUAAUUAUUCCAAUUAAUCUCUCGUCUUUGAAUUUUGUUAAUCAAAAAUUCACAAUAUUUUCUAAACAAUUUUCAUUUUACCAGUUAACUAAAAGAACACAUUUAAUAA